UGCUGGGGCAGUCGCUGAGAGCUGUAUCCUGAUCUGUAGCCAGGCAGACACUGAGCCACCCCCAGUGGUACACUUCCUCCAGCAAGGCUCCACCCACUCUACAAGGCCACACCUCCUAAUGCUUCCAAUUCUGUCAGAGUCCCACUCCCUGGUGACCGAGCAUUCAAAUAUAUGAGCCUGUGGGGGCCACUCUUACUGAAACAACCACACCAACCAUUAACUGAUGACCAGAUUUGGGGCUUCUGUGUUUCCCCAGGUCUUUAGCUCCUUUAGAACAAAGGACUGGCCUUGCCCUUAUGUCCAACUCUGAAUCCCCUGUGCCCUGGGAGACAUUCGCUCAGUUUCGAAAAUGCUUGCUUUUGCCAUUCAGUGCAGAGACUAUCAUAGUGUAGGGGGUGACUCAUGCAGCUGAGCUCAAGAAACAGAUUGAGAAACAUGGAUACAACUUAUUUAUUGCUGUCAUCUGUUACGAAUACUGAGCGGUCGGUCCAUGUGAGUUGGGACAUCCCCUCCUCCAUGUCAAGGUCGUCUGCUGGCCUCUUCGCUAUUCAGUAGGUGAGAUUUUGGCUCAGAAAAGGUCUCCAGCUCUGGGCAUCUUGGUGAGCACUCAAUCUACUCUAUGUCAGCUUUUUACAGGGAACAUUCUGAAUAUUGGUCAGCCUGUGUUCCUCACGAGACCUGCUAGAGGGAUUGUUUGGCAGGCAAGAAAAGAACUUCACAGAGCAGUAAGAAAAAUGUUGGCGGCAGCAGCCAAGGUACUGCGGAGCCCAUUUGCUGACUCUUUCAGCACAGUUGACAUAGAAGAUCAUGACUGUGCAGUGUGGCUGCUCCUGAGGAAGAGCCGGGAGGAUGAUCUAGCUGCACGGCUGGAGGCCGUGCGCGAAAUGUCAGAGGCUCACCACUGGCAUGACUACCAGUACAGGAUAAUUGCUCAAGCCUGUGACCCGAGGACCCUUAUUGGCUUGGCACGAAGCAAAGAAAGUGAUCUUCGCUUUUUUCUCCCACCCCCUCCUUUGCCUUCUUUAAAAGAAGACUCCUCCACUGAAGAGGAACUCAGGCAUUUGUUGGCUUCUUUACCUCAGACAGAGCUUGAUGAGUGUCUCCAGUACUUUACAUCCUUGGCUCUUAGUGAAAGUAGCCAGAGCCUGGCCGCACAGAAGGGAGGACUGUGGUGUUUUGGGGGAAACGGACUGCCUUACGCGGAAAGCUUUGGAAAAGUCCCCUCAGCCACAGUGGAAAUGUUCUGUUUAGAAGCCAUAGUAAAGCAUUCGGAGAUACCCUCACACUGUGACCACAUUGAAGCAGGCGGGGGCUUGCAGCUUCUGCAGAGGCUCUACCAGCUUCACAAGGACUGCCCCAAAGUACAGAGAAACAUCAUGAGGAUCAUCGGAAACAUGGCUUUGAACGAGCAUCUUCACCCUGCUAUAGUCCACUCAGGAUGGGUAUCUCUCAUGGCAGAAGCCUUGAAAUCCAGCCACAUCAUGGAGGCUUCCCAUGCUGCCAGAACCCUGGCUAACCUGGACCGAGAAACUGUGGGUGAGAAAUACCAGGACGGAGUGUACGUGCUCCAUCCCCAGUGUCGGACAAGUCAGCCCAUUAAAGCCGAUGUCCUUUUUAUUCAUGGCCUAAUGGGAGCAGCAUUUAAAACCUGGCGCCAGCACGACAGCCAGCGGGCUCUGACUGAAAGUGCUGUGGUGGAUGAAGACAGGUACACUACAUGCUGGCCCAAGACAUGGCUAGCAAAGGACUGUCCCUCACUACGUAUCAUAUCUGUGGAGUACGACACGAGCCUCAGUGACUGGAGGGCAAGGUGCCCUAUGGAGAGAAAGUCCAUUGCAUUCAGAAGCAACGAACUCCUCAACAAGCUCAGGGCUGCUGGUGUUGGGGAUAGGCCAAUGAUUUGGAUCUCACACAGCAUGGGAGGUCUUCUUGUCAAGAAGAUGCUAUUGGAAGCCUCUAAGAAGCCCGAACUGAGUGCUGUUAUAAACAAUACCAGAGGAAUUAUUUUUUACAGUGUCCCUCACCACGGGUCCCGUUUGGCUGAAUACUCCGUUAAUAUUCGAUAUCUUCUCUUUCCCUCACUGGAAGUCAAAGAACUCAGCAAGGACUCUCCUGCACUGAAGAUACUACAGGACGACUUUCUGGAGUUCGCGAAAGACAAAAACUUCCAGGUGCUGAACUUUGUAGAAACACAACCGACAUUCAUCGGCAGCAUGAUUAAACUGCAUGUAGUGCCCGUGGAGUCGGCAGAUUUAGGCAUUGGGGAUCUAAUUCCUGUGGACGUCAACCACUUGAACAUUUGCAAGCCGAAGACAAAGGAUGCAUUUUUGUACCAACGUACUCUAAAGUUCAUCUGCGAAACUUUAGCCAGAGAUCUUGAAAACUGACAGCUACGUUUUUCCAUU